AUGGUUCAGUCAGACCUCUUCCACGUACAGGCCUGUCGCGCCCUGAUGAUCAUCUGUCUGCUGUUCGGCCUCGGCUCCAUGAUCGUCGCUCUGCUUGGACUCAAGUGCAUCAAGAUCGGCUCAGCCACUGAACAAUCCAAGGCCAAGAUCGCCACCAUUGGAGGAAUCCUGAGCAUCCUCGCCGGUCUUUGCUGCAUGGUAGCUGCUUCCUGGUACGCAGCCCGAGUGGUUAAUGACUUCAACGAUCCGUUCUACGGUGGAAUGAAGUUCGAGCUCGGCACCGGCCUCUACAUGGGAUGGGCUGGAGCCUGUCUGGCCAUGCUGGGCGGAGCUUUUCUCUGCUCGGCGUGUAAGAGAGCAUCGGUGAAGAAAGGCGGUUACUAUGGAAAUGCACCACAGAAGGUGUACACGCCCACAGCCAAAUCAGAACCAGACGCCAAAGCUUACGUCUAAAUGCAAACGUUGUGCUUUGGAUGGUCCCACAAUGUCAUAACAACACGAUCAUGCAGUACUGUCUGUGUACACCUUACACUCAGACUUCUGUGUUUUUCUGUCAUUUUUUCUAACUUGUGUUUGAAAGAAAAUCUUAAAUCUUAAAGAAAUCACAAAUAUUUACAGAUGAUAUUGAUCAAUAUAUCUGUUUGUGAUUCUGGAAACCCUGUGUGCAGUUUGUU